AAGGUAAUGAGCCAGCGUGGAGUCUGCCUGGCUGACCAGCACACUGCCAGUAAAGAGCCGAAAACAAAUGGAGAGGACUGGGGCCUGCGUCUUACUAGAUACACCGAAUUUUGUGCAUUAGCUUAUCAGUUCUCUGCAUAGAUGUUGAACGGAGGUUCAGGUAUUAAAUAAAAUAUGCUGUUGUCAAUAGGAAUGCUGAUGUUGUCUGCCACUCAGAUAUACACUAUUUUGACUGUUCAGUUAUUUGCUUUCCUGAAUCUUUUACCUGUGGAGGCAGAUAUUUUAGCAUAUAACCUUGAAAAUGGAACCCAGACCUUUGAUGAUCUACCUGCUAGGUUUGGCUACAGACUGCCAGCAGAAGGCUUGAAGGGAUUCUUAAUAAAUUCAAAACCAGAGAAUGCAUGUGAGCCUAUAGCCCCACCUCCCCUGAAGGACAACUCCUCUGGUGCUUUUAUUGUGUUAAUUCGAAGGCUUGAGUGCAACUUUGAUGUCAAGGUUUUAAAUGCACAGAAAGCUGGAUACAAGGCAGCUAUAGUUCACAAUGUUGAUUCUGAUGACCUCAUUAGCAUGGGAUCCAACGACAUUGAGGUUUUGAAGAAGAUUGACAUUCCUUCUGUCUUCAUUGGCGAGACAUCAGCUAAUUCUCUUAAAGAGGAGUUCACUUACGAAAAGGGUGGCCAUGUUGUGUUAAUUCCAGAGUUCAGUCUUCCUUUGGAGUACUACUUAAUCCCUUUCCUAAUAAUAGUAGGGAUUUGUCUUAUUCUCAUCGUCAUAUUUAUGAUCACAAAAUUUGUGCAAGACAGACACAGAGCAAGGAGGAAUCGGCUCAGGAAGGAUCAGCUUAAGAAACUUCCUGUACAUAAAUUUAAGAAAGGAGAUGAAUAUGAUGUAUGUGCCAUUUGUCUGGAUGAGUAUGAGGAUGGAGACAAGCUCAGAAUCCUUCCAUGUUCUCAUGCCUAUCACUGCAAGUGUGUGGACCCGUGGCUGACAAAAACAAAAAAAACCUGUCCUGUGUGUAAGCAGAAAGUGGUCCCUUCUCAGGGGGACUCUGACUCUGAAACAGACAGUAGCCAAGAAGAGAACGAAGUAUCUGAGAAUACUCCCUUACUUAGGCCAUUAGCCUCAGUUAGCACACAGUCCUUUGGGGCUUUGUCAGAGUCUCACUCCCAUCAGAACAUGACAGAGUCCUCAGAGUAUGAGGAGGAUGACAAUGACAAUGACAACAUUGAUAGCAGUGAUGCAGAGAACGGAGUGAACGAAGAAAGCGUAGUGGUUCAGCUACAGCCCAGUGAGGAAAGGGAGUACAGAGUGGCAAACACUGUUUGAGGCUACUAGUGGUGAAUAGUGUAUGAACAAAAGAGUUCCUAAGGCUAUACUUUACACACCUUUAUGUAGGGAAUAUAUUUUAAUCUGUAAUCCAUUUGGUUUCUUCAGUAGGAGCAGCAGUUCAUGUAGUAGUACUGUGGUUAAAUCGUUACAGAUAGUUUGAUCUUGAUUCAGGUAUCCAGUUCACAUGUUCUGUCUUCUCAAAAUGACCAGUUUAACUGGACUUCACAAUGCUAGGAAAUAAUGUUAAUAGUUUAUAUCAAUAGAAAUGUCACAGACUCUAAAUGUAUGUUGUUGAGAUGGGAUUUAUCUGGAAGUUAUUUUUUUCCAUUUUGUAGCUACAACUGGGUCAUACUGAUAGCAAUAUUUAUUACAUGUAUGGUAUGUGUUACCCCCCUUCAGCCCAACAAAAAUGUAUUUGCAUGUUUGUGUAGGCUUUUCCUAAAAACUGUCACCACUUCUGAAAGAAAAAUAUAGAACAGAUCAAUAUUCUAUAUGUUGGUAGAUCAAAAAAAGGCAGAGGAAAUUCCACUUCUAUCUCAAAGCAGUGAUUCCAAAUAAUCCUGUGGAGUUUGCCACAGGAGCUGAGUUUAAGCAGUUCCAUUGUGCAGUUUCUAGGAUAAGGAUACUUAGAAUAUCUGUUCAGUUUUGAGCAAUCCACAGGUAAGAUCCACCAUCAGCACAGGACUUGUCCCUGCUUGCUGCUGCAAUGCAGUCUGGUUGAUGUGGGAGGGGGGUGUGACCAAAACAGAGGUUUUGUUCCACAUAAGAAAUAAUUGUAGGUAAGUAUUCUAUUGAUCCUCAACUCAUAUACCUCUUACUAAAGAGCAUUCUAUGCUGCAUUAGUCUGCUAAACUAUGUAUAUAGAAAAAACCUGUUCUUUUCAAAUACCUGAUUUGAAAACAAGUGCUUCUAACUGUUUAACAGGACUCAGUACUUACCAGUGUAUCAUCAUGUAAUACCUCUGUAACUAUGUAGAAAGGAUAAACAUAAUGUAUAAUCAAAGUGCAGAGAUUUUUUUUAUAUGGCCUUGGAUAAGGAUAGCUUGAAAGAAUGUUAAUAAACAUGUUUUCCACUGUAA